GUUACUACUUCUGUGGAAGUAGUGAAAGGUGUAUUAGAAAUUUUUUCUUUAAUUUAAUAUUUAUUUUCAAUAUUAAAAUUAGUCUGGUGAUGUGAUAUAAAAUUAUUAGUGACAGUUACUAUUCACAGAGUUUUACUAAAGGAAGAGUAGUAGUUAUAAAUUGAAUGUUUAGAAUGUUAAAAUGAAUUGCCCAUCUGUGUAUUUUGUGGUUUAAAAUGAAAUAUCUAGGAAAUUAAAAAUGUUUUGUGCGAUUGUAAAAAAUAAAAUGACCGUUAGUAGCUGUGCAGUGUGUUUGUAAUGAGUAUUUAAAGAUUUUCUUUUAUAAAGUUUUAAAACAUUUGCCUUAUGUAAAGGUUAUUGCACUUAGAGAAGAGAGUAGAGAAGUAUUCUCUGUUUCAGUAAAAUUCUGCAUAAUGUUCAGAAUUGACGAUUGAAUGAAACAAACUUUUUGGCGUUUAUGAAGGAGAGUUUGUAAAUGAUGGAAAACAAUGCUGCGGUGGAGAGCAGAACUGCGGGACUCAAGAAGUCGUGGUCGGAGCUGAAGAAUGUGGUGUGCGAGCUGCGUCGCCGGCUGUCGGGGCUGUCGACCAUGGUGCCCGGCUCGGUGACGUUCCGGGCGCUGGCGGACGGCCGCACGCGCGUCUACUUCCUGAGCACGCCCGCCAACGGCUGGGAGACGACGCUGCUGUACGCGGACGUGGCCGGAGGCGGGCGGGCGGCGGCCGGCGGCCGGCUCGCGUGGCAGCCCUGCAUCGAGGCCAACUUCCAGGGCGUGACGGGCGCGGGUCGCUUCUCACGGGAGGAGCAGCUCUUGUGGGAGCGCAAGCGGCUGGCUACGUGGGGCAUCACCUCGUACGAGCUGCACCACGGGUCGGGCAAGCUGGUGUUCCCGGCCGCCAGCAGCCUCUUCCAGUGCCUGGACACCGGCUUCUCCAAUGGCCCAUUAUUUCCAGCAGAGCUUAGGAUGAAUUCCAGUGGGGCAAAACUGAAUCCCCAGAUUUGCCCUUCGAAUCCUGAUCUCAUAGCUUACGUCUGUAACAACGACAUAUGGGUGACACAUACGCUAACAGGCAUAUCGCUAAGGGUCACAUUUGCACAUAAAGGAUUAGAAAAUUUAGUAGAUGACCCUUUAAGUGCUGGAAUUCCGUCAUACGUAAUGCAGGAAGAGUUUAGUCGUUACCAGGGUUACUGGUGGCAGCCAAAAUUUUCAGAUGGCGUUUAUAGGAUAUUAUACGAAGAAGUAGAUGAGAGCGAUGUUCGAAUAUUCUGUUUCCCAACUUCAAACUCAAAUUUUGGAGAAGUGGAAGAAUUUAGGUUCCCACGAGCAGGAACUCCCAACGCCAAGUCUAAUCUGAAGUUGGUGCAGUUCAGGUUAAAUGAGAGCUUGCAGAUAACAGAUCUGAUCACCCUGGAGCUGCAGUACCCACUUUCCGUCAUGUUUCCUUGGAUGGAGUACCUUGUGCGUGUUGGCUGGACUCCGAACGCUGAAUUCGUGUGGGUGCAGCUGCUGGACCGACGGCAGCAGAGGCUGGAGCUGGUGCUCCUCUCCGUGGACAACUUCAUGGAGCCACCGCCCAACACCUACAGCCUGGACCACAGCGCCGACCCGCCCGCACCAGCCGUCCACGUCAUCCAGGUCAUCAACACGCAGCACUCCGACGUGUGGAUCAAUGUGAAUGAUCUGCUGUACUUCUUCCCGCCCAGCGAGUGUAAGAGUGAAAUAAAGUUUCUGUGGGCCAGCGAGGAGACGGGCUUCCGCCACUUGUACUUGAUCACGGCGCAUGUGUCCGGUGUCAGCAAUGGCAUUGACGACACGCAUGACACGAUGGAAAGUGUGUUCCUGCAGCCGAGGCUCGGCCAGAAGCUGGCUCUGACGGCCGGGGAGUGGGAGGUGCUGGGGCGCUCGUUGUGGGUGGACGCCGGCCGGCAGCUGGUGUACUUCCUGGGGCUGCGCGAGUCGCCCCUGGAGAAGCACCUGUACGUGGUGUCCCUGCGCCGGCCGGGCGAGGUGCGGCUGCUGACGCGGCCCGGGUACAGCUACAGCGUAGAGUUCGACAAGGAGUGCACUAUGUUUGUGGCUGUGUACAGUAACAUUCAGAAGCUGCCUGCUUGCCAAGUAUUCAGAAUAUCUCACUCUGACUGGACAGUGGAAGGCGUGACCCUCACUCCAUUUGGAUACCUGUUAGAACCUUCAGUCCCUGAGGGUGAAUUCUUCUGUCCGGAGCUGUACACUCAUCAGAUCUCUUCGGGAGAUUUGCUAUAUGCCAUGGUGUUUAAACCUCAUUGCUUCCAAGCAGGGCGGAAGUACCCUACGGUCCUCAAUAUCUACGGGGGACCAGAAGUCCAGCUCGUCUCUAAUACUUUCAAGGGUAUGCGUCAGCUGCGGAUGCACAUGUUGGCAGCUCAAGGGUACUGUGUGAUUGCCAUUGACUCCCGAGGAUCCCAGCACAGAGGACUACAGUUCGAGAGUCACCUCAGAGGGAGAAUGGGCACAGUGGAGCUGGCCGAUCAGAUAGAAGUGCUGCAGUGGUUGGCAGACAGUUUGGGUUUCAUAGACAUGAGUCGUGUGGCGAUUCAUGGCUGGUCCUAUGGUGGCUACCUCAGUCUCAUGGCCUUGGCACAACAUGCUGACAUUUUCAAGUUGGCGAUAGCAGGUGCACCAGUAACCUCAUGGACGCUGUAUGAUACUGGGUACACAGAGCGAUACAUGGACUUGCCAGAAUACAAUCAGGCAGGCUACAAGAAUGGCUCCAUCCUCACCUAUGUCAAUCAGUUUCCUGAUGAUGAGAAUCGUCUCUUGAUCAUUCACGGGCUGAUUGACGAAAAUGUCCACUUCUUCCACACGAGUCAGUUCAUCAGCGCAAUGGUGAAAGCAGGGAAACCCUACCAGUUACAGAUUUACCCUAAUGAGAGGCACAGUCUGCGGCAUCUGGAUGCCAGCAAACAUUAUGAAACCACGCUACUCUCGUUUCUGCAGAAUCAUCUGUAGUCGAGGUUUGAGACUCUGUGUUUUCAACUGCCCAAUUACUUAUACGUACUAAUCAUAGAAUUUGUCUGUCAUGUUUCUGGUUGAAUUCGGUUUGCCUGUGUGUUUGUGUGUGUGUUUAGUGCAAUUAUCUGUAUUUUUGUUUUUGUUUUGAAUGGAAAAAGUAUUACCCAGUGUUAGUUAAUGAAGUAUUAAUUUUUCUGUGUCCCCCAGUUUUUGGUUAUGUCUCUUGUAUCCCACAUUCUCUCUGAAGUGCGGUUUGCAACUGCCAUAUCCACUGCCUGUACAGAUUUGGUUUGAUAGCUGCCCUUCCAGGCUAGAAGACAGAUGUGUUAUGUGUUAUGGGUGUAACAGUAGCACAGAAUUUUAUCUCAUUGGUCUGUUUUGUUCCAUUCUAUAAUUGAAGUAUCUUCACUUCUUACAAUGUUUUGCUUCAGUACUAUGAAUCAGAUGUAGAGGUGUUUAUUUACAUUACUACAUUUAAAGUGACGUACUAUUGCGUUUUCUUAUAAUGAAUCUGUUAUUCUGUCCAUUUACAGUAGGUGUUUGAAAAAUUGAAUUCAGUGUACAGUUGUAGGUUUCUGUGUAUGCAUGAGGAAGAUAUUUCCAGCUCCUCAAUUUUAUGUCCAUGUUGUUUGAAGUCCUGUGCUCAGUUUUGAACUCAGUUGCUUUUUGUUGGUACUAAUUCACCUUCAAAAUAAUAUUUUGGGUAAAUACCGUUUUUUUUUUUUUUUUUUUUGGCAGAACUCAAACUAGUUCAUUCAUAAAACAGAUAGUUGUGAGAGUAUAAAAUUUAUUUAUUUAUCUGGUAUAACUCUCUCUCAAAAGUAGGUAUCUAUUGUAACAGCUCAGUCUACUUGUAUCUAUACUGAAUUUUGUUGACUUAAUUGUGCUUUGAUUCUAUCUGUUACUGCAGUUCCACCCAGUUUAUUUUUUAUGCCACAUAGCAACAGAAUUAAGAGAGUUCUUUAUCUUCAUUCUGAACAUCCUUUAAUAUGCAACUGACCAAGAUUUUCAGUUGGCUAGUAUUCGUAUGACCCUUCUGUUUUUGUGUAUGAUUUUUUCCAGCUUAUUUUAAAAAUUAAAAUUCUCAGGAAUGUUUGUAAUAAGCUGUGAAAACUAGUAACAUUUUAAAAAAAAAUUAAUGUAGAUUUUCACAAUGUUUUAUAACAGAUAUAUGUCUUCUUAUUUAAAAAAAAUUGUGUACACUCAUGUAAUACAAAUACUGGUUGGGCAUAGUUGUCGUGAUAUAAGUUGGGAUGAUAGUUUCUGCAUUUAUGCAGUUUCUGCAGUUAUGGUUUCACUUUUUUCUUGGGCUAUACUGAUAAAGGAAACAUUACACAAAGUGUAAAAAAAAGUAAGACAACUAUUUAUUUUGCAACUGUGGUAGACAUUUCCCAUUAACAUAACUAAACAGCAUUAUAACCACAAGCCCUACUUAAUCUAUGCACUACUACAUCUGUGGGAUAGUGAUAUUUCGGCAGCCUCUUCUACCCAAUGGCUUAAUCUUAAGUCUUUACCCAUUCAUUUGCAAACAAAUAUUUAAAAUAUUUGUUAUUCAACUACGCUUGUUCAGUCAUUCUUGAUGCAGCUGUAAAAUUUAUUUGUGAUUUAAUGUUUAUUAUUUUUAUUGCUUUUGUGCAUUUUUAAAAUCAAAUUACACAGAAAUCUCGUUAAUACAAAUCCUGUUUGUACAAAACACUAGUUUACUAUAAGUAUUCUCUCAUUACUGAAGUAAAGCUGACAUAAAGAUAUUGUUACUGGUUACGUGGUAUGUUUUUUUCUGUUGUGUACCAGUGCCUAUUAAUUUUAGAUGUGUGGUUAAUGUGCAAGUACAAAACUCAAAACAGUUACAAAGAGUAAACUUUUUUUUAUUACAAAGUGCAUAAAUUAUAGUCUCUUCAGGUUUGUAUCAGUGAGAUUUUACUGUAGUCUUGAAAUAUUUUUGUCUGUGUCAUGAUGUAAAACAAACUACAUAUAAUAUAUGUCAUAGACCCAGCGUUGCCAUGCCACCGACAUUGUAGUUUGAGGUCAGCUGAGUGACUUGUGAUAAUUAUGUCACUGUGUAUGCAGCAGAUGUUAAAAAAAAAGGUACAGUAAUUUAUUGUGUAUAACUAUAUAACAUAUAACAGAAAAGUGUUUGUGUUAUGUCACCUGUAAGAGAAUUUAACAUAUUUUGAUUACAAUGUCUGCAUUUCCAUUGCUGACUGCGGGAAGCAGCAUGAUCAUGCAUAUUGCUUUAAACUAAUUUGUAAAAACAAACAAAAAAUUUUUUAUUUAUUUAAACAGUAUUGCAGGGUAGAGAAAAUUGAUAAUGACUGAAUUCCAUACAUAUGUUACUUAAUUUCUUGGGGAUCACAACACAUUAAAAAUGCUUUCACACUUGGUUUUACCAACAUACCACUCCAACUGCCUACCCCGUGUGCAUUCAGAACUGGUAUUGGUCAAUACAUGUUUAGGAUGCAGUUACUACUUGUAAAGUCUUGCUUGUGGUGAAAUAUAAUGUAGUUGGGUUUUCUGUUAUUAUUUUAUGCACAUAUGCACAUUGCUGACUGGCAGAGUGAAAUGAGAAAGGUAUUAAUUGAUUAUUAGUUCCAGAACUAGAUUUUACAGCUAUUUCUAACUAUAAUUGAUUACAAAAUUAUUUGUUUUUUCACUAUCAUAGGUUACAUAAUAUGUAUGUAACUGUUAUUGAUAAAGCACUCCUUUCAUAUUUAUGGAGACGUUUGCUGUAAAAACUUUCAAAACUAGUAUUCAGUGAUAUGGGUUGUGUGUUAUCUGUAGUACUUCUCUGUGUGUACAUAAACACUUAACCGUUGGAUUGUGUUACAGCUAGUAGUGGACAUCCUGUCAUAAAACCUUUUUUGUGUGAGUGUACACUCUGAAACAAUCCUGAAUCCUUUUCUUGUCAUGUCAUGUAUGCAUGUGGUCUCAACUAGUAUUCAACUUGAAAAUAUCCAUUCAGCUGUAUUCUUGAAAAUAUCUAUUUGACUGUAUUUAAAUUAAUCAAGUGGUGUGACUUUGAAAAUGUAUUGUUAAUCAUUCUUUAGGUGCAGGAAAGACUAAGUUGCAAAUAGAAUACAAAAACCUGUGUUCUGGGAAACAUACCGGUAUUUUGUUAUCAACAAGAAAUGUCAGUAGUUUGUACAAAAUAAUUUUGGACAGUUGUUAAACUUUUUGUACUACAAAUACUAGCAGAUAUUUGCUUCCAUAAUUAAACUGAUAAGCUAAUACAUACUUUCUGUGACAUGCCAGAUGGCAUGUUCAGAUUCACUAUUACCAUUUCAUACCCUCUGAUCGACCUGGUUUUAAAUGGAAUAAAAUAGGUUUUGUAACUGAAAAUGUAUGUUUGUAAGCAUAAACUAUUUCAAGUUCUGCAUUUUUACUUGAAAUUUUUUUUGUAUAGCUGAACAGUACAGAAAUUUUUUUUGUAUAAUUGAACAGUACCAAACAUUAAGUGUUUUAAGAAAUGUCUUCUUCCUCAAUAGGGAACAUGCACUAAUCACUUAAAGAAUUUAAUUUAAUUAAAUUUAAUUUGGUUGAUUAAUUAUUUACAAUUUAGCAAUAAUGUUUUUAAGCUGAUAGAUAUGUUUUUUUUCCUUGAUCUAAGUUCCAGUUUGUCCAAUAACCACAGAAUAUAGUCUCAUUGUGAUGUCACAUUUUUCUGCUAUCAUGAGAUGGAUUGCCUUUUGUGCGUUAACUGGUAUUUUAUGACAUAUUUCAUAAUAGUGAGAGAUAUUUCUUGUGAAUACAAUACAGGUACCAUAUUGUGGUGGUAAAUUAUUUUUAUUUGUAACAGAGAUGUUAAUGAAAAUAUGAGACUCAUAGCAUAAUAAAAAAAUAAAGGAGGAUAUUAUGGUUCAUACCCUCUUGUGCAAUCAAAAAAUGAGUGUUUAAGGACCCUUUUACUUCAUUGCCUUCAACACCAAGGGGUAAUAUCACAGAAUCCCGUAACAAAAUUACAAUGUUAAAAAGUAAAUGAACAAAAAAAUUUAGUUGGUUAGUUCACUUCUUACAGGUAAGUCUGUAUUGUCCGGAACUAUCCCUGGAACACAUACAUAUCUAAACCCAAGAAUAGUUACAAUCUUAAAAAAUGUAGCCCUAUUAUUUAAUUUGAGCACUAAUUACAUUAACUUUAAAUGUCCAAAGUAAAACAGUAAAAUACACCUUUUUAGUUUAAAGGUGAGAUAUAAAAUAUGAAUAAGGAAUUAAAAUUAUUUUUAUAUGUACAUAAAAUCUAACAAUAUGGCCCGAAAUUCACCAAUUGUACUGUGCAUGUGCAAAAUGUUUACUGCCAAGUCAGAAACCAAAAAAUUUAAAACACCUCCAUUUAUCCAUUAAUUUCAUGCUAUCAAUCUUUAUUAAUGAUAAUUUUUUAAGGAUUCUUAGUGAAAUAAAAAAAAGUGCAUGGAAUAGUUGAAGUGAUCAAAGUGAAACUUCUUUAGCAAUUCAAGCCCGAAAGGAGUAAAACAGCACAGAGAGAGAGAAAGAAGACUAUUUUCUAAAUAAACAUGAAUUAACAAAAUUAUUACUCAUUUCAAAAUAAAUGCUCAGGAUAUCAAUAAUUAUUUAUCAAAAAUAAUUAUUAAUUAAUGAUAAAUGUUACUGUUGAAAUAAUCACCCCAUUAAAUGUUAUAUUAAGAUUUUUAGGACCCCAAAUGUAGCAUGAAAACAAUUCUAUUUACAAUUUAUACACAUUUUAAAAAGUAAAUCAACUUCAAUAAAUUUUAUCCUCAACCACAUUAAUAAUAUUACUUAGUGUUACUCAGCAAAACCAUUUAUACAAUUAAAUAACAAGCUAACAUAGCAGAGGUUUUUUUUGCUUUAAUUGGUUUAGUAUUUUAAAAUCCUAACCUUUUUUAUAUUUAUUAGAAAUUUGAUUAAAAUAGAAAUAAGUUAAUAUACAUUGAUUAAAAAAUUAUUACCUACUUCAAAAUAACAGCUCAGGAUAUCAAUAAUUAUUGAUCAAUAAGUAUUAAUUAACAAUAUAUAUACACACACCAUGAAGAAGAUAUGUUUAGUAAAUAUAAAACCUAGAAUUGAUUAUAAUAAAUUAGUUUAAUUUAAUUUUAUAUUAGGUAUUAUAGAAUUUGAUAAGAGCAUUCUUCUAUACUGAUAUUGUAGUUCUGCAAAUAUCACCUAGACUUAUUUUGUAGUUAUGUGAAUAUCACGUUAUCAUUCAGUUAUAGUGAAACAUAUUACUUAUGUCAAUAGAUUACAUAGUCAUACUGCAAUGCAUUCAUAGGCAUUGCACAUUGAUAAUGUUCUGCCGUCAAGUGAAUGAACAAUGGCACAUGUCCGCUGCGACGCAAAAACUUAACGGCAUGGCCCUACCUCACUGUAACACUUUACAUCAGAACCAUAUUGCCACAAAGUUAAAAAUAAUAAUAUUCCAUGCAUGGGAUUUGUUUGAAUCUUUUUUAAACUAGCAUAUUCUUAUUUGGACAUAACAUGUUUACACACUCGUGGGCUCAUGAUUGUAAUAUGGUGAGUGAUUUAGUUAUUGAAAUAAUAAUUUGUGACAAAUAAUUACCCUGUAAAUCUAAAGUGUGAAAAGCAUAAUACCAGCAAAAAAAAAAUAUUUAGCUACUACCGAGCUUAAACAUUUAAACAAUACUCAUAUAACCAGGGCCUUAGCUAGGAUUUUGUUAUGGAGGCUCUAGCAAUUACAAUAGUCCUUCUAAACUAAUCUUCCUGUAAGCUUAUGUGGAUAAGUAGCUUCAAUUUUAUUAUUAUGUUUUUGCCUCCCCCUUCUCCUUUAACUCCUGGAAGAGUGGGGUCCGUACUUUCCCCCUCCCUGGCUACGUCUGCGUUAAUGAUAUAACACAAUUAAAAUAACACAUACAAGAUACAAGAACACUAUUUUCUGGCAAAUUGGCCCGUGGCGUGGUGCACAGCAAUAAGCUCAAACCCUGUUGUGUUGCCCUCUGCCCAAAUACUCCUUUACAAGAUGCCAGCAACUCAGGUGGUGUCAGGUGCAGGCGGGUCCAUGCCGCUGCGACCCGCCUAUCGCUGCAGCACGGCAGGGCUUAACCUGAGCCGCAUGCCGCCACGUGGAGCCCGCGGCUCGACAUGUUCUCUGCACCGUCCGCAACCUAUUCUCCGUCCUUUUCGCGUCAGAAACGUUUCACAACAAUGUUUCACGAAAAUGUUGCAUUAAAAUUUGGCCUUGAAAUUUUACACCCAUCGUGCCCAAAGAAGUUUCACUUCAAAAUAUUUUAAGGGCCCUUAUUCAAUUAAAGACAAAUUAAGGACUUUUAAGGAAAUUAAGGGUAUUAAGGAGGCGUACAUUUCCUGAGUUACAGUGUUUUCAUACUACUUUCCUGCACAGAACCCAAGAUAUUUAGGCUAUUAUCCUGCUGAGAGAGAUGUUAUUAAAAUACCCUCAACACGUUCUUUACAAUUAUUAUUUUGCGUUACAUACUACACAUUUGAUCCCUAAAAUUCACAUGUUCAUGCAACAGAUUAAACUUUGAAAUUGUAAAUGUCUUGGAGUAGUAAGUUAAAAAAAAUCUCAAGAAGAUAGUUUUGAAUCCCUUAAAUGAUUGAGUCAAUUGUGUAUGUGAUAUUGAUUACAGUGUACAUGCCAACUAACUAAUUAUUGUUUGAAGUCAAAGUAUGGGUUAAUGUGACUUAAUUUAAAACAUUUUCAAAUUUGUGCUAGUCACAUGAAAUUCAACAGUGGGAUUAUGUUGAAAUAUUAAAAAGCUGUAAGGUGAAAAAAAUAUACUUUCUAAGUUGUAGAUGUCUACAAACUUUUUUUUUACUAUAAUAAAAUAUCAUUUAUAGAACCUACAAACACAAUUUAAUGUUUUGUUACCUUCUUAUCUUCUUUUAAAACUAACAUAUAACAUUUCAAGACCAUAUUAAAUUAAUAGCUUUAUUUGCUUCCCUGUCACUUUAAUGCUGUUUGACAAACAUUUAACAUCAUGAACAAGCCUGUUAUACUAAAAAGUAAAAAUACAAACAUCAGUGUCCUAGAACUAACUUAAAGAAUUUAAAAAUGAAACCGGUUAAUGCAUUAUUCUCACAUUAAAAACUAUGUCAGCUCAUUAUCAUUCACUGGUGGAAUGAAAUUUAAUACAUGUGGCAACCCGACCUUUUUGAUUGUGAUAUUUUGGUCUGCCUAAACGUGAAAUAAAUCUCCAUGGACAUCAUAACAUGUAACCAAUGCGCUAUAAAAAAUUAAAGUGCGCCCAAAUUUUUUUUUGCUAAAACUAUCUAAUGCUAGCACGAGCCUAUGCACAAUUUCAUUUUGAAGGGGAAGGGAAAAGUUAGAACCUCUUAGCCUGCGGUUUGCUUUCAAAUUAUUUUCUUUUGUUGGUGGGGAUAACAAUUUUUUUUAUUAUUAUUUAUUAAAAUUUUGGGGAAGGAUAUAUAACCUGCCCCCUGCCCCCAUGUGUUCAUCCCUGGCUACAGUAGUGCUCAUGCGACCAUGCACACAGUCAAAAAAGCUUUCCACAACAGUCAUAUUAAAUGCCUUGUGUAAUAAGCAUAAUGGGCAGAAAUAAACGUAAGGAUGCCCAAAAGUGCUUCAAAAAGCAUUUGUAGUGCAAUUUCAGUUUAAAAUAAUUGCUAUUAAUGUUAUUAUACUAGUACGUAGCAUUGCUACAAAGGCAGAAAUGUGGGGGAGGAAAAUUCAGUGUUACGUGACCAAAUAAUGACUGCAAAAUCUAUGUGGCUUCUUUCUUAAACUGAUAACAUAACAACCUAAAAAAUGCAGGUUGCCAAAUUUUUUGAAUUGACAAGACAAUGGAAUUUAGAAACAAGUGUGUCAAUAUCAUGGCAGUACAGAUUGCUAAUCAUAUAUUUCAAAUGAAAUAUUUACAUUAUUUUUUGAUUGAAAUUUAUGUAAAUUUUAAUUUGAAAAAGUCUUAAAAAAGUGCAUGAUGCCUAUUGACCAUUACUUAAAUGAAUGAUAUUGCAUUCAUUAAGUUCUAUACUAUAGCCUUGGAAAGCUGUUCUAUUAAAAUAUUAUGACUUAAUAUUAUUGUAUAGUGGUGUAGGAAAUUAAUUUUACCUAAAUUUACAUAAGUAUGAAAGUAAUUUUUCUUAAAUACAACUUAUUUGAUCAGUAAAACAUAAGGCAAUUUUGUUACAAGCUAGUUUGUCACUGCCAGGACAGUAGUAAAAAGAAAAGUCACUUUGAUUUAAGCCAUCAUGUGGCCUUGUGUCUAUUGUUUUGUAUGCUUUUGUAAUUGUUUUUUAAAUUUUAGUUUACGUUAUUUAGCAACUUUAGGUUUAAUAAAUUUAUAUUUUUAAACAAUUUCUUUUUUUAUCUGUUGUGUUAAGUUGUAAAUUUGGUUGAAGUAAAGUGAGUGUUUUUUUGUUGUUCAUUUGGUUAUCAACUAUAACAUGUUUUUUUUACAAAUAUGAAUAAUUUUUGUAUGGUGUUCUUUGUUUCAUUUGAAAUGAUUCUACAACUUUAAAACUUUUAUGGCUGGUGUCCAAGGGCCACUAGACUAGUUUAAUGAUUUUGUAUUACCUUGUGCAAUGUGUAUUCUGAGCUGCCACGCAAUAGGUUCAUAUAAAAGUAAAGGAAGUUAAAAGUGUGUAACUAGGUAAUUAGAAUGUAAAUCAUAUGAUCGGUGAUACUAUUAAAAUUGCAAAUUGAACUGUAAUUAUAAUUUUAAUUCUGUAGUUAUGUAAGACAGCUGAUCUCGAGCAACAGUUUCAAGUUUUUUUGCGUAAAUAUUUUUUCUGUAUUGUGAACCUUUAAUGCACAUAAUUUAUUAACUUAAAACUCAUCCUUGUACAUUUUUUUUAAAAGUAUUUUAACAAAUGUACUUGAAGUGUAUACCUGUUUUUAGGUAAAUGUUAAUAUAUACCUAUUAUAUGUAAGAUACAUGAACUGAAUAGAUGUUUCUUAAAUGUUUGUUUUUUAUACUUCGCUGUUAAGGAUUUAGAAGGUGCAUUAACAAAUAACUAUGCACCUGUGUUCAGAAAAAAAAUACCCUUUUAAUUAUGUUCCUAGGUAGCAUGAAGGGUGCUGAAUUUACGUAAUUAUGUAUGAUGACUUUGUAUCACAAGUACGAUUAUGUUGUGUAAAUAACAAUCAUCACUUUUUUUGUUUGUUUUGUAUAGUUUAAAAUAAAAGUUUGUAUAUAUUUAAACAUAAUUUUUUUUCUGUUCAGUUUCACUUUACCAUUGUGACCCAUGAUGUCAUAGUUAAUUGAAGAGACACUUAUACAGCAAUAUAGGAAUAUAAACAGGAAUAUAUUAACACAAUAGCCACCUGACAUGUACAAAGUGUUAGGUUCAAAAUACUGGGCUCAAGGGUGUUCCGCAACGAUGGCAGAGGUAAUUGUCUUAGAAGAAAAAAUAACAAUAAAUGCAAUUGUGAUCCACAAGUUAGAAAAGCUGGCAAAUAUCCAAACCAUUCAAAAGGGGAAUAUAGCUCAUCCUAACACAACACACAACCACAACACAUCACACAAACACACCACACAUUCAACACACGCACACACGUGUUGCAACUGUGAAUGCUCAUCUGAUGAGCAAGCUUGAACAUUUAACAAAGGGCCUCCACAAGGAGUCUUCAUGAAUUACCAUUAAUUUUAAUGACAAAAUUUGCAUAUUUAUUACACCAUAAAAUCUUGGCUCUACUCAUCAGUCCCUCCGGCAAGCAAAUGUCUGCGAGAGCACGAGCAGCCGGGUUUAAAUGCAGUGUUCACCCAUCUUCACUAUCCUUCAGGCUGCCAACGAUCACCACGCACUACCACGCCGAACCAAGCAUAGUGCGGGAAAGCCCGUGUCCACACACGAUGCAGUUGGCUCUGUAAUUACAGCCAUCAGCUGACACUCGGUAGCCCCAAAUCCAGGGUAGCUGGCAAA